AUGCCAGCUGCGGUGCCACCGAUUCGAAGGAAACUGGUCAUCGUCGGCGACGGUGCAUGCGGAAAGACCAGCCUUCUCUGUGUAUUUGCGAUUGGAGAGUUUCCGCGCGAAUAUCAACCAACAAUCUUUGACAACUAUGUAGCCGAAAUCCGGCUUGAUGGAAAGGCCGUCCAGCUAGCCCUAUGGGACACCGCGUACGUUGAAUGCUCAACCCUCGUCUGUGACCUGCCAGGCGUCUCGUAUGACGCCGAGCUACAAGGAGCUCUUCCGGAGCAAAACUACUUCCGAGCUGCAAAUCUGCAUGCCGUGGAGCUCAUUAUGGCCGGCUUCCUUCGAGAGCCAAAACCCCCUCUUCUCAACCGCCAGGAAUAUGAGCGUCUACGACCCCUCUCGUAUUCGAAAUCGCACGUGGUGCUCAUUGCCUUUGCGAUCGACACCCCGGAUUCGCUGGAAAACGUGACCGUAAAGUGGAACGAAGAGGUUCGGUCAAUCUGCGGUCCAUCUGUUCCUGUCCUCCUGGUUGGCCUCAAGUCAGAUUUGCGACCGCCUCCUGGCCACCCUGACAGUGAUCAAUACGUCUCUCGCGAACGCGCCGAAGAAGUCGCGCAACAGAUUGGUGCGAGAGCGUACAAAGAAUGCUCUGCGCUCAAGAUUCAAGGUGUUGACGACGUCUUUGAGGCAGCCACGAGAGCGAGCCUGUUGGUCAGAGACAAUCCGACCCCGAGGACGAAAAAGCCAGAGGCGGAUGGGUACGGCGGAACCAAGGAACCUUCAGAUCACGGCAAAGGAUGCUGUGUCGUUUGCUAA